AUGCAACAAGCAACGGCGUUUGUGAAACAAUUAGCAGGAAUCCGACCACAGGACGAGGAGGGCACGGAAGAUCCCGCAGCGACACCACAAGGAGAAAUAGACGAGGUCCCAGAUUUAAAUCCACCCAAGAAGACCAAGAAAACGACAGCGCCGAAGGAGCCGACCCGGAAGAUUGCGACCAGGUCGACAUCCAAAGUUCCAGAAGACCCACCACAGCCAAAGAAAGCCCAGCAAAUCGAACUGGACGGAUGGGAAAGGCUCUUGAAGGAUGUAGGCCAACGACCAAGCAAUAGAGCUCACAAUCCAGAGGAACGGACAGAGGCGGCGUCGAACGAUCGCGCCCAAAACAAGCGGGGAUGGCCGGGAUCAGAGUCAAACCCAGUCUUAGCAGACGAAGGGCCAACACCAAGCGGAACCCAGGAGGCAGCGCCAGCUCAAGGAGCACUACCAGCCUGGAAAAUCCAGGAAACGCUGGUCAGGAUGGCGGAGAGGGCGAUGAAAGCCGAAGAGAACGGAGACAUGGCGCUGGCAAACCGCCUUUACGACAUCGGAGCGGGUCUUGGACAAGCGGUACCGAGAUCAAGCCCGACAGUAGCAGCUCCAACAGUGAGGGGAACGGUGCAGGCCCCCGUAACGAUUGAAGGACUACGAGUCCCCAUCCCCAUCAAUAACGGUCGACAAUCCAAAGGAAAGCAACAGCAACAGCAACGAAGGACGUCGCCCAACCUGGCCAAGGGAUACGAGAAAGGUGGCCAAGGUGGCCAGAAACAAAGUCAAGGCGGUUACAAGGGCAAUCGCUACAACCCCAGGCACGGAGACCGAGAUGGAGGCCGCCACGGCGGUAGGGACGGGGGCAGAGGAAGGAACUAUUAG